CUGUGUCGUGGACUGAAUAAAGGGGACAGUGCACCUACAGACCGUAACAACAGGUCAGGGCAACCAAACUGCCCCUCACCUCCCUAGACAACCUGAACAACCAGCUGGAGGUCCCAAGCAUAGCCAUGCAGGCUGAGAGGAACACCUUGGCUGGGGGCAGAAAACUCUCCAAACCUCCCCAUGCCACCAUCAAAGACAAGAUCUCAAAGUGGGAAGGAAAGGAGUCUUCCCCAUCCCCACCAUUAACAACAACAGCUACUACUACACCCACUCAGAGUAUUGUGGAAAGACCUGACUCCUUAAUUAAGAGUGAUUCCAAACCCACCAUGGAGGACUCCAAAAGACCAACCAGCAGGGAGAAGCAGAAGAACAAUGGGAAGGAGAACAUAGGAAAGGAUGGGGAUUCAAUGCCUACCUCCCCAACAGUCACUACAGUUCCUCUUGUGAAAAGAACAGAAUCCCUGAAAAAGAUUGACGCCAGACCCACCGUGGAGGAGCACAGGAGUAGACCAGCCAGCAAGGAGAAGCAGCAGAACCAUGGGAAGGAGAAUGAAGGAAUGGCUGGGGAUUUGAGGCCUACCUCGCUUGUGGGGCCUGUAAAGGACACUACUGUGAAAAUAACUGAAUCCCUGCAGAAGAAGAAUGUCAGACCCUCCGAGGAGCAGCAUGAAGGACACUGCAGCAGGUUGGCCAGCAGGGAAAAGCAGCAGAACAUUGGGAAAGAGAUCAUAGGAAGGGCUGGGGUUUCUCAGCCUACUGUGGAGCCUGUGAAGGAGCAGGUGAUGGGGAUGCUGAAGAAAGACAACGUUAGGAGACUGGUGGAGCAGAGAGCUGUCUUCACUCUCUUCAAGAAGCUGGAGCAGACCAUGAGGGAGGAGAACCCCGGUAAGAGUCCUCUAGAGCUACCUGGCAACUACUUCUGCCCUCCUAGCAGAGAUACACAAGUAGAGGCCAAGAGAAGGGAGUUAGAAUCCAUUUUAGGAACACUGGACGCUGACCAGACGUUUGGGGGGUCGAGGCAAGGUGGGCAAGAGGGACGAGACCAGGAGAAUGUGUACACAGAGCCAGGGACACCACCCAUAAACCCGGUCCCCAAACCCCAGCGUACCUUCCAGCAAAGUACCUUCCAGCACCUCUCCAAAUCUGAAAGGAGGACCCGCUCAUUACCGAGACAUGGGAAAGUGCAGAGGAAUCUGCCCCCACUGCCUUCCAUCUCCCCUCCACCUCUGUCCAACCAGCCUUCCCCCGACAUCUACAGGAGACCCAGGACAGACAGACAAAGAGAUAGAGACAACCAAAACAGGAAAUCAUUUGAGUUCGAGGACAUUCUGUCAUGUCAUCCGCCGUAUCAUCAUUAUGAAAUUAUUACAGACUCUUCCAAGGAGAACCCAUAUGAGGACAUUGACGUAUCCAGUCAGUGCUCAUCACAACCUUCUCUACCUUCCUCUCCUGGGUCAGAAUGCUCCAAGAUCUCGAGGCCUGGUUUCUUCAGACAGAACUCUGGUGGGAAGUGUAGCUUCAAGCUUCCAGAUCUGCGUAAGACCAACCACCACCGUAGUGAUAGUGGAGGAGGAGUAGCAUCUCCCCCCCGGCUCAGCCCCCCCUCCACCCCUCACAGCCCAGAUGAGCUGCCCCAUUGGCUGUCUGGAGGAGAUUCCUAUAACCUUGCCUGCAGGAGGAUACCAACGGAUGUGCUUAAAAUCAACAGCAUCUUCGAGGCUCGUGUUGGAAAGAAACAUCUGAGGAGGGUCUAUCACAUUGCUGAGACCAGCUCAGGGAGAGUCACAGAUGAAUACACUGACUCAGAGAGUGAGACAGAGGACAGGGCUAAAGCCCAUCGGCAGCGUCUGUCCUCAGUCCAGUCUAUCCUGAGCCAGCCGGGUGAGGGUCAGUACGGUAACAAACACAGCUCUCUGGACCGCACCAGGAAUCUGAAGCAGCUACAUCAACGUCAGCUCUUUGAGUACUUUCUGGUUGUGGCGCUGCACAGCACCAAGGCUGGCAUCCACUACCUGCCGGUGGUCAUACAGCAAUUUCCUCUCAAGCUGGAGCGGAGCUUCAAGUUCAUGAGGGAGACAGAGGACCAGCUAAGGAUCAUUCCCCAGUUCUGUUUCCCUGAUGCUAAGGACUUGAAGCCAGUAGAGAACUACCCCAGUGAAAUGUUCUCUUUUGUUUUGACUGGCGAAGAUGGAAGCAGGAGAUUUGGAUACUGUCGUCGUCUACUGCCCAGUGGGAAAGGAAAGCGUCUCCCUGAAGUCUAUUGCAUCGUCAGCCACUUGGGAUGCUUCCACCUCUUCUCCAAGGUCCUGGAUGAGGUGGAGAGGAGGAGGGCCCUGUCUCCAGCCCUGGUCCAACCCUUCAUGAGGGCCAUUAUGGAGGCUCCGUUUCCUGCCCCUGGCAGACCCAUCACCAUAAAAACCUUCCUGCCCGGAUCUGGUACUGAGGUAAUGGAGCUGUGUCGUCCAUCUGACUCUCGUCUGGAGCACGUGGACUUUGAGUGUCUCUUCUCCUGUCUGAGUCUGCGUCUGCUACUCAGGGUCUUUGGUUCUCUCCUGCUGGAACGUAGGGUCAUCUUCACUGCAGACAAACUCAGUACUCUGUCUCAGUGCUGCCAUGCAGUGGUGGCUCUACUCUACCCGUUCACCUGGCAGCACACCUACAUCCCCGUGCUGCCCCCUGCCAUGCUGGACAUAGUGUGUACCCCCACCCCCUUCAUCGUAGGGCUACUGUCCAGCACCCUCCCACAGCUCACAGAGCUACCCCUAGAGGAGGUGCUGGUGGUUGACCUUAGAAACAGUCGCUUCCUCAGACAGCUGGAUGAUGAGGACUCUAUCCUGCCUUCUAAACUCCAGUCAGCCCUAGAGACAGUCCUGGAGAGGAGGAGAGAACUGGCGUCAGAGCGAGGAGGACACAGUCCGAAUGACUCUGGCCACCUCAGCACCGUUGUGUCCGAGGCCUUUGUGCGUUUCUUUGUAGAACUCGUCAGCCACUAUCCGCUCUUCAUCACCGAAAGGGAGGUUGACGCCUCCUCCCCUUUCUCCUCAUCCUCCUCCCCCAUCCCCUCUUCCUUCCAACGCGAGUCCUUCCGUAAGUCUGUCUCAUCUAAGAGUCUGAGGCAGUUCCUGGAGGUCUUCAUGGAGACACAGAUGUUUGGCCUGUUCAUCCAGGAGAGAGAGCACCACAGACAGGCACUGAGAGGACUGUUUGAGGUGAGGGUACAGGAGUAUUUGGACUCAAUUCAUGACAAUGAGCAUCGCAGGUUCAACAAGUUCCUCAAAGGACUGGGAAAUAAAAUGAAAUUCCUGUCCAAAAAGUGAUCCCCUCUCGACCAAUAAUCUGUUAAACCAGUAGCCUACAGCCAGAUGAAGAUGGGACUGGACACAAUAAUGACUGAAGAACCAAGAGAACAACUGACAAUGAGCUUAUUGUGACUGAGGCCAUGUCUAGACUUGACAGUUAAUGCAGUUUUUGUAUUCUGAUCAAGGAGUUCUGAUCAUAGAAUUCCAAAAACAUUAUUUAAUUUUUAUUUUAUUUAAUUUAACCAGGGAAAAUCACCUUGAGACCUAGCUCUCAUUUGCAAAUGUACCCUGGGAACAAUACAGAAAAGUAUACACAAUUUUAAAAAAACAAAUUCAAUAAAUAGCAAAUAUUAUAUACACAAUAAACAAUCAAACAAAACAAACACAUUUAUAAAUAUAAAAAUCCCUAGCCUUUCUCCUAUACUUACACAGAGACAACAACACAUCCAAAUUAAAUGUUACUUGGAGAUUAUUCCACAUGAUAGGGGCCUGGUAGGAAAAGGCAGAUUUACCCAAGUCUGUGGAUACACGUGGAGUCUCCAGCAUUAACCAACCCUGUGACCUAAUGUUGUUAUCCGAGUUUCUAUAUUUCAUCAAUGAUGUUAAGUAAAUUGGUAGUUUAUUGAGUAAAGCUGUAUGAACAAAAACAGAAUAAUGAAGUGACCUACGUGUUUUUAGCGAGGUACAACCAACUUUAUGAUAAAGGAUGCAGUGGUGAGUGUCAAAACUGUCAGAGGUUAUAAACGAAGUGUGCUAUGAUAGAUUGUGUCCAAGGGCUUCAAAACACUGGUAGCUGCAUUCAUGUAUAUAAUAUGGCCAUAAUCUAUAACAGGAAUAAAUGUAGACUGAAUGAUCUGUAUUCUACUAUUUAAUGAAAGGCAAGCCCUAUUCCUGUAGAAGAAGCCCAACUUAAUUCUUAAUUUCUUGACUAAUUCAUCAACAUUAUUUUUAAAAGUUAGCAUUCGUAUACACCUACACUUAAAUGUGUCUACCGUGUCCACAUGUGUUCGGGCUUGCAUUUAUGAAGCCAGCAAACACGUUCCUCACACGCUAGAAACAUAUUUCCUCCAAUGUUAUAAUGAAAAGGUAGCUAGCUCUGAACACAAUCAGACCACCUGUCUUUUUGAUGUGAUCCUCAUAUUCUGAUAGCAGAAGUCACAUGUAAGUGUCAAGUGUAGACAUGCCCUCACGGACACAUGUUAAAGCUACAGGAUCACAUGAAGCCUGCAGUGUGUACAUGAUAGACACACUGCACAUGAUAGACUCAACAGAGAUAAUCCUGUAUACUGGGAGACUGUAUAGCACAGCCUGUAGAGAGAGUGGCAUUGUACUAUAUACUGUACUUAUCCAGUCUAAAUGAUCCAGACUGCAUUUUUUAUGAGUCCACAGGAGGGCAGUAGUUCAUCUGAUUUUAACAUGGUACUACAGCAUAUGUACAGUCGUGGUCAAAA